CCCCCAGUAAGCUGCGCGAACGCGCUCCAAAAACCCAAACAAACACCAGAACGCCUCUUCAUCUAGAGGCACAUAGCAGGAAGAAAGUAUUUCAAUGCUAAUCAUCGAUGGAAUAUUACGUCUAAAUAUAUUUGUUAUCAUAUUUAUUGAAGAACAUCUUGCUUAACAUAGCAGGUUGGGUCUGCAGAAGUUGGGUUCGCAGAAGUUGGGUUCGCAGAAGUGCAUGUGAAUGCAACACUACAAGAGGACUGAAAAUACUUGGAUUAACUGCAUAGCACCUGUCUUUUGUGUUGUGAAAAGCUCAGAAUCUUCAACAAAAUUAUUCCGUUGACAAAUUAUCUGUGACAUUCUCCAUAUGUUCCUACGCUUUCUUUUGCUUUGAAGGAAGACAUUUGUGUUUGCAUUUGAGGUUCCCUCGUUUAUGGGAAAGUGUAUUUUUAUAUUUCAACAAAGGAGUCCCAGGUGUGUUGUGACACAGGGCACUGUGCUUGUAAGAGAUUGCUGUUAUAUCGUCUAAAAGCUCACUCAUCUAUGAAAUCUGAACUAUUGCACUCUCCUCCUGCAACCGCACAACCACGGAUAAUUCUACCGGCAGUUAACAGAUACAGAUAUAAUAAGACGGAAGAAGAAAGCAACAGGCCUAACCAGCCAUUUAGGCACCAUUGUCUUUAGCAUGCACUGAAAAAAAGCAUUAUAAUGCAUUGUUCUGCGGUAUCAAAAUUUCACUGACCUCGAUUGAAGAUGUCAGAAAUGUAACAGUGGAUUCUACUGCCUUUACUGUCAUGUGACUUUAAUACUAGACACUUUUUUUCCCUUCAAACCUGGACAGCCUUUUCACCAGUUUAAUGAGGUGAGCUGUGGUUUUCAGUGACCAUUGGAAUAAAAAUACUUUCUCUGAAUCGAUUUAUUUUCUGCAUGUGUUUGGGUGGAGCUUAAAAUGACUCUGUAAAAAGUAAGUCUUGGUCUAAGAGCUGGCACCCAUAGUUGCAGGAGAAGAGCUAGAACCUCCUUCCACCCCUCUUCUGAUGUCAUUGUGGAACUGUCCUGUUCACACUGACCGGGAUCAAUACCCCAGAGCGUCAAAUCUCACCAGACAACCUGCAGCUGCCUCACCCAUUGGACAAUUCACCUUCCAAUCUACUGAGACCGCCAAUCAGAACCUUCAGUUUCACAGCACAGAUCAAGCUGACUCUGUGUCUCUGCCCCUGACAAAGAAUCCUACCUGCUUCAGUAGAGUGAUCAGGAAGAGUUGGGGGGGGUGGGGGUAACGGCGCUCCCCAAAAAACUCACACACAACUUCCCCAGCUCAAACCACGUGUUAAAAUCGUUUGAGAAGUCCACAGCCAUCAAAUCCCCUCCAGGGUAACGAACCCUUGAAUCAACCCCAGGCCUCUGGAUCACCAUUCCAGAUCAUCUCAGAACCCUGUGACCCGUCUCCCAACACUUCACCCUGGACGACAGGGUCUGCGUCUGGGGAAAGGGGCUGUUCUGUCCUGGAGGAGGAGGGCUUGGCAGUGGGGUGCUGCUCUCCAUCACACACUCUGAGUCUAAGACCAGUGGUGUGUCUGUGAGCGGGCCAGAGAGAACAAGCCCACAGAGGAGGGAGAGACCGGGAGGAGGAGAGGACUUCAGAGCCAAAAACUCUGGGAUCUUUGCCAUGAGGUUUGAUGCCUCGAUCCACUGACUGGAGACACUGGACCUAAAUGGCGCAGCAUGACUUUGUCCCUGCCUGGCUUAACUUCUCCACACCCCAGCCUGCCAAGUCCCCUGCAGCCAGCCUCGAGAAGCAUGGCAACCCCCAUCACCACCGGGACAGCCGUGCUGCUGUGAGCCGCCGGAGACACAACUCCUCCGAUGGCUUCUUCAACAACGGGCCCCUGCACGCCCCCGCAGGUGAUGGGUGGCAGCAGCCUUCUCUCCUCCUAAGGCAUGACUCUGUGGACUCUGGAGUGGCAAAGGGGGGGCAUGGUGGCCUGGCAGGGGUUCCCUGCUGGAAGGAGGCUCCUCCCACAUGGCACGGGGCACCAAGGGGGGUGCAGGACGUGCACCACCACCAGGGGCGCCACACCAAACGCACCGUGCCCGGAGGAGGGGACAGGGACAGACAGGGGGGGCACCGGCAGCGCAACGGCAACUUCCAUCCCCGCAAGGGCGUCCCCGGGACCCCCUACCAGGACAAGUUCCCCAACGAGGAACGCAGCGGGGAGGACAAGCUGAAAUUUGUGGAAGAGGACUUUCCCUCCCUUAACCCUGAAACAACUGGAAAGUCUGGGAACCAGACGAGGCCAGUGGCUCCUCACGCUGGAGUAUGGGAGAACCCUCCUAGUGGCAAGCAGAUGGUGUCUAAGAUGCUGGUGAUCAAGAAGGUUUCCAAAGAGGACCCAGGAUGCACUGCGUUCUCUGCCAGCUUUGCCAGCUCCGGAGCCCCACCCAUCAACAGCAGCAAAGCCCUGCCCACCAUUGCCAGUUCCACCCACUCUGUCUACAAGAACCUGGUGCCCAAGCCUGCCCUGGUGACCACCAAGCCCCACCAGUGGAAGCCAGGUGGGAGAGACUCCAUCAAGCCUGGCCUCCACUUGUCAGGACGAGACUCUGUCUUCACCAGUCCUGUGUCUGCAGCCAAACCCUAUGCCUCUGCCACCCAGCUACAAAGCCACAACACCCCCAAAGAGCAUCCCUACAGUACAACUCCUCCCAUGGACAUUGGCCCAUCUUCGCGGCUAAAGCUGAUGCGGCGCGUACCAGACCGGAAGAGUGACUUCCUGCGGACGCUGAAGGACGAGUGCACCGGAGACCUGACCUCCAGCAGCAGCCCUGCAACUCCUGGACAGACUCCUCAGGGCGAGAGCAGCACCCCAGACCCCAAAGCCUACAGCCAGGGAGUCUGCCAUGAGAAUGGCCUGUCUCACUCCCUCUCUCUCAGCAAUUCAGACACCGAUCACCUGUCUAGCUCCCUAGAGGCAGAACACAGAUUACUGAAAGCCAUGGGCUGGCAGGAAUACCCAGAAAAUGAUGACAGCUUCCUGCCCCUGACAGAGGAUGAGCUCAGAGAGUUCCAGACUAAAACAGAACAGCUGAAGAGAAACGGGGUCCUCCCCCGGGGGGCACGAGGCGUCACCCUCCACUUCACCCCCUGGAGGUGUGUGGCUGAGGCCCACCUAGAAGAUGACGAGGGCUCAGAGUCUGAAACCAGCAGCAGCAGCAGCCAGACCUCGGACGACGAUGACGUCGGCGACUGCAUCAAAACCUGACGAAGUGGCUUUACGAAACAAACCCGACACACACACACACACACACACACCCCUCUUGUCUUCGUUUUCAGAACACCUGUUUCGUCUUGAUCUUGCACAAGCUAAAACCAAUCACAUCCUAGUGGAGGGGGAAGUUUCAGCUUCCCCAUGCGGAGGUCUUUUUCCCUGCGUUGCCUCCUUCACUGCACCUCCUCCCCCCUUCCCUUCCUCCUCGCUUUGUGGAACUGAGUGUUCGUCAAGAAAAGGGCAAUGCACAUCCGAUUCUGCUUUAAACAGACUAACUCAUCUCAGUGACACUGACGACAUUAAUGAUAUUAAUAAAAUUGGUUCCUGACAUGGUGAGAUGUUUCAAUACAAAUCCGGCCUUGCUUGGUGUUAUGUGUUCUGAUUGUUGUGUCUAUGAACAAGUUGUUGGAUUGUGUUAAUGGUCAAUCGCAUCACAUGGAUUCAGUCACCCAUAGAUAUGCUAACCCUUUCCUCAAUACAGUGUUUACCAUGCUGCUUACAGUACACAAACCUUCCAGGGUUCAAAUCUGACUCAAUGCCUGUGACACUCCUAUCUUUCCCAGUUUCUCACCUGUCCCAUAAAUCAAAUAUGAAAAAUGGAACAAACCAUGCAGACUGCGAUUACCACUGAAACAGGUGAAGUGCUCUAUUCACUAUCGCACACUAGAAAUGUAAAGGUCGUUUCUGAUUGAGCUGUCAUUCAGCGUUUACCGUGAAUGCAGUCUGCUAACGAGAGAACGUUGCCUUUUAAAUGUCAAAUCACGCUGUAACACUGAAUUUUCCUACAUGAUCCGCCUCUGUUCCCUCUCAGCAAAGUGUUUGUCACCAGCCCAAUCAUCUGAUCAUGAGUUAAUUCAACUGGGCAGGCCACUGAGCAAAGAUAUCUAUUCCAUAGUAAGUAACCUUGGCUUGUGCGAAUCGCAACGUCUCAUAUGAGCACGAGCCUUUCUCCUGCUUCUGUAGCGUGAAGCAGCUUGAUGUACAAGUACACCCCCUGAACAGGACACUAGUCUUAUUGCAGGGCCUUACCUACAAUCUAUCUCCUUAAUGCUGAGUGCCAAGAGAAGAUGCAUGUAAUUCAUAGCCAUACAUCUAUUCCAUAGGUAUACAACAUUCAAUGUGUUCACAGUACACCACUGAUCACUGCGUGGAGGAACUGAGGCAUUCGUUUAAACUGUUUCAAGAGGUAGAUAUCUUCCUACCAAAUUCCCAUUUUAAGUUUCUUUACAAUUCAAACAAAGAUGAUUCAUUGAUCAAUUAGGUAUUCUUAAGCACAACCAGGUACACCAUAGGAACAUAACAUAUUUCAACUUGAUCUGCAUUAGAAGGGUGUGAUGGGACCAGUCACCAGGGAUUAACUGGCUGCAGGGAGGAAGCAUGAGAAAAUCAUCACAACACUCAAUUCACUGACAAUGACUUUGUCAUUGCAAUCACAAAGAGGCACAUGCUAUUGAAUGUGGUGAUCUAUUUAGUGCAUUUAAAAUUGGUCUCGUAGUAGUACAUGCAGGUAUUCCAUGAUAUUUACUGUCACUACCUGUGCAGUGGAAAAUACAAACCUUUCAACCUCCAUUUUGUUAA